UUUGCUUCUCCUUUCCUCCAACCAAUGCUACCGCAGCAGCAGCUGCAAGAUGAAGGAAGAAACGAAUUUGAGGGUGAAGGGAGAAAGGUUUGCCGGCGUGGAGGGGGAAGGAGGCUCACCGCGCCGCCAAUCGUCCUCACCGCACCUCACCACGAGCUGCGUUCCACAGCUGCUCGUCGCAUCCUCGCUACGCCGUCCUUAUCGCUGAUGAUGGAGAACCGAGAGAGAGAGAAACGUGUGAGGAGAGGAAGGGGCCGUGUCUGGAGUCUGCCAUUGUCAUCCUCACUGCUGUGCCACCGUCGGGCCCGCAAUCAUGGAGGAAGCACAGCGCCGCUGUGGGUCCAUUUCCGUCGAACUCGAAGGAGGAGGAAGGCCGAGACUGGGCGACGCUGGGAGAGAAGGAAACGCGAGCUGGAGGAGCUGCGUCUAGUCGCCGCUGACGCGCCACCGACCGCCGUCGUUCCGCCACGCCGAGAGUCCCUUUCCUGCUAGGUCUGCCGCCGUCAAGCAUGAAGGGAGGAGGAAAUGGCGUUGUGAGUUGGGGCUGAUCCUCAUACGGUUAUUGGAUCUGACUGGAGAAGGGAGCUGCAUCUCUGUGAUUCUGGCCGCCGGGAGUGGUUCUGUGACUUCCGGGAUCACCGCCGGAGCUUCUGGCCAAGCCUCAAUCGCCGGGAAUGCCGCUGCCGCCACCGAGCUCCACUGUCGGUAAGGCUUUUAAGUUGAGUUUCCCUUCAGUUGAGUUUCCUGGAACUUCAUUGUUGCUGCGUGUGGUUCAGAUCGCCGCUGCUGCUUGGGGCUGACUGCCGGGUUGCCGCCGAACCGGCUUGGAGACAGCUGCUGUUUCGGUUCAGCCGCUCCUUCAGUUCGGAUAUGGGCGCAGAAGUUACGAAGAGUUCAUUUAGUUGUUGUUGAAAUGCUCUGUAUGCUUUAGAUUAUUAUUUGUUGUACCCUCGCCUUUAUCUUGAUAUCUUCUGUAAGAGGUAUAGGGAUUGUAUUGGAUAAUGCUUGUAAUAUUAUAUAUAUAUAUAUAUGUAUGUAUGUAUAUGGAUGUACCCUUUAUGAGUUUCUACAAGUUGUAUGAUAUGUAUGGAUGUACGUUGUAUAGCAAAAGUAUCUUUGGGAGUGGUAUUACGGUUUAAAGUUUUAAACAGGAUCAUAUUUUAGUAUUAAAUAGUAUAGGUGUCGUCGUAAUGUCCAAGCUAUCAAAGUCGCGCAGCCAGAAGCGUGAGCUUUGGUAGUUAGGGUGUUACAGGUAUGAUAUUGAUUAUGUAUAAUGAUGGUUGAUUGGAAAUGGUAUUGUUGGAAUUUGGGAUGAGGAGAUAUAUAUAAUGUGAUAUUGUGUUCGAAAUUGAGGUAAUUGAUUGAGAUUGGAUAAAAUAGUGGAUUGGUGGUUUGUGUUUUGAUGAAAACGUUAAUGUAUGAGUGGAGGAAGCUUGAGGUUGAUUUUUGGUAUAUUUUGAUUGAUUUCAAAAAGGAUUGAAAUCGGUAUGUUUUAGUUGAUUUUGAAAAGGGAUGAAAUUGGUUUGUUUUGAAAAGGGCACUUUGUAGUUUUGUAUGAAAAUAUGGUUUUUGGGCAUACUUUGAUGGGGUAUAACUUGGACUCCAGAUCCCGAUUUUGUGCUAAACUUGUUGAGAAAUGAAAUUGGAUCCAGGAUGUUCAUGCUGUUCGAAGAACGGGCGAAAAAUGAUUUGAAAUGAAGAAG